AUGUCACUAAUUUUAGUACUAUGCUCCCUCCUUCAUCUAAUGGGCCUUUUCCAGGAAUAUCUGCACCCGCUGGACAUCCUAGCAGAAGGAGUCCCUUCUGGUGGCGCUGUGGGUGGAGUCAGGGUGAUACAAGCUCAGGGUGCACGAGGAUUCCAGCUCUCAACUGCCACCCCCCACUCCAUCAGCUUCCCUGCAUCACGGAUUUUCAUCAGGUGUGACCUCUUCCCUGAGGAAUUUUCCUUCGUGGUAACCUUGAAAGUCCCCAAUCUUCCACCCAAGAAGAAUGAGUACCUGCUCACCGUGGUGGCAGAGGAGAGAGGUGUGCUGCUGCUGGGGCUGCGGUACUCGGCCAACAAGCUCCACUUUCUGUUCCUCAGUGAGGAUGCCUCUGGGGCCUGGCAGACCCGUGUGUCCUUCCAGAAUCUAGCACUGAUGGAUAGCCGGUGGCACACACUGGUCUUGGCUGUGUCUGAAGGAUCCUUCUCCCUCACCAUGGAUUGCGGCCACCCCAUAGAUAUAACUGCUGACAUUCCCUUCCCAGCCACCCUCUCCAUGCAAGGAGCCCAGUUCUUCAUUGGCAGCCGGAGAAGAAUGAAAGGCCUGUUCACAGGUCUGAUGCGGCAGCUGGUCCUGCUGCCUGGCUCCGACGCCACCUCCCAACUAUGCCCCAGCAAGAAUGCUGAGCUGGUUGUGUUGUCUAUCCCUCCGAUCCUGCAAGGUCUCACAGGGAAGCCAGAAGAUAACGAGGUGCUAAAAUAUCCCUAUGAAACCAAUGUGAAGGUGACACUGGGGUCACAGCCCCGCUGUUCCCAACUGGAAGACGCCCAAUUCUGGUUCGACAUCGGUCGGAAGGGGCUCUACCUCUGUGUUGGCAGCAAGUGGAUCUCCGUGUUAGCAGCCAAAGAAAAACUGGACUAUGUGGAGGAGCACCAGAGCUUAUUCACAACAUCAGAGACCCUGGGCAUUGAGGUCUUCAUCAUCCCUGAGGUGGGACUCUUUGUAGCAACAGCCAACCGGAAAACCACUUCCUCCAUCUACAAGUGGACCGAUGGGAAGUUUGUUUCAUAUCAGACCAUCCCCACAUAUCAGGCACAAUCUUGGAGACAUUUCACCAUUGGGAAAAGGAUCUUCCUGGCUGUGGCAAAUUCUGAACCAAAUGAGAAGGGUCAAGAGUUAUCUGUCAUUUACAAAUGGAGGCACCGAAAGCUGAAGUUCACCCCAUACCAGAGGAUCACCACCCACAGCGCCCGUGACUGGGAGGCCUUCCACGUAGACGGGGAGCACUUCCUGGCUGUGGCCAACCACCGGGAAGGUGACAACCACAACAUCAACAGUGUUAUCUACAAGUGGAAUGUGAGAACCCAGCUCUUCGAGGCCAACCAGACCAUCGCCACCUCUGGCGCAUAUGACUGGGAGUUCUUCACUGUGGGGCCCUACUCCUUCCUGGCUGUGGCCAAUACCUUCAACGGCACUUCCACUAAGGUGUACUCCCACCUGUAUAUCCGGCUUGUUGGCUCCUUCCAACUCUUCCAGUCCUUUUUGACAUUUGGUGCUGCAGACUGGGAAGUGUUCCACAUCGGAGAGAGGAUCUUUCUUGCAGUCGCCAACAGUCACAGCUACGAUGUUACAAUGCAAGUACAAAAUGACUCCUAUAUCAUCAACUCAGUCAUCUAUGAGCUGAAUGUCACUGCACAGACUUUCGUUAAGUUCCAGGAUAUUCCUACCUGCAGUGCCCUGGACUGGGAGUUCUUCUCUGUGGGAGAAGAUUAUUUCCUGGUGGUUGCCAAUUCCUUCGAUGGAAAUACCUUCUCGGUAAACAGUAUUAUUUACAGGUGGCAGGGUUAUGAAGGCUUUGUGGCCGUGCACAGCCUCCCAACCUUUGGCUGCAGAGACUGGGAGGCCUUCAACACCACGGCUGGCUCCUACCUCAUGUACUCCAGCGCCAAGGAACCCCUGUCCAGGGUUCUGAGGCUGAAGACAGUGUAA